AUGAUUGGUAGGACCUCCCGAGAAUAUAACCCGUCCAUCGUGGGUGCAAUCGAAAAAUUGCGACGAACGGGAAGGUAUAAAAUCGGUGCCUUGACGAACAACUAUGUGUUCCCUGAAGACCACCCAUAUCGGGACGAUGGAAAUACCAAGGCUCUUUUCGAUAUAUACAUUGCGAGUGUGGAAGUAGGAAUGAGGAAACCGGAACGUCGGAUUUUUGAAUACGCAAUCAAGACCAUGGGGGUUGAGGAGCCCUCUCAAAUGGUUUUUCUGGAUGACCUCGGAGGGAACCUGCGGACGGCUAAGGAAAUGGGCCUGAGAACGAUCAAGGUCCCCCUUCAUGAUCCCCAAGAUGCAGUUCGGCAACUGGAGGACAUGCUGGGCGAGGAUCUUUCGCUCUCACCAUCGUCAAAAUUAUAG